UGAAAGCUCCGGCACACUGGCUGGGAGCAACAAGUGGCCCAUCGGCCAUCCAUCCGCUCAGUUGGAAGUCGAAACUCGCGCCGGACGAGUCUGCGGAAUCCGGGUGCGUGAGUGGAACGCGGAUUUAGAUUGUCGUGGCUCUUUAAUUCAAUUGACGAUUCCGCGCUGCGAUCUCCUUCGUGUGGAUGCCGAGUGUGUAACGUAAGCGAGCCCAUGAAUAGGAAUACACAAGGAUGAGCUGGACAAACGAAAGUUAGUUGCGAUCGCGUGGAAAGGGAAUCCAGCCAGUCAGAUUCGAGUGCUGCUCACGUCGGGGGCUUGGAUACAAAGUCUAUGGCGCAUGGGGCACGACGACAGCAUCGGCCAGUAAUUUAAAUGCUCCGCGGCGGCAAUUGAAGCUCCAGCAAUUAACAAAGACCACUGCAGCGGCGAGGCACAGUGGAGAAUCACUUAUAUACGCGUAUAGUUACACAGCUCCUGCAGCAAAAUGAAGAACCGCCAGCGAACGCGCCGAAUAUCGCUAAAUGAAAACCACAACAAGUACAUGGACAGCGGCAGCGGCAGCAUCGAUGUGCAAAUAGCUACCAAUACAAAAGAGCCCAAUCAAGUCAAUUUAAAUUCAUCGUCAAAGCUGCUGGCGACUACAGCAGCGACGACCUCAGCGGAGGCUGCUCUGCCCGCUCCGCUUCCACUUGCUCAGAUAGCGCAGCAGCCACAUGCCCAUCUCCAUCCCCAUCCCCAACCCAAUCCCCAUCUUCACCAGCAACACCAGCUGAUUAUGCCGCCCUCAACGAUGACGGGCAAGUAUCAUGCCGCGCACGCCAAGCUGCGAAGAUGCAAAUCGACACCGAGUCUCAAUUGCGAUGGCAUGGCGGAGCCCAUGGAGGAGGACGAGCACCCAUGCUCACGUAACGCAGCCUCGGAGGCUCAGCAGAAGCAGCUAGCGCAGCAGCAUGCCCAACCAUCGCGCAUCAGUAUCAGUAGCAGCGACGGCAGCUGCAACAGCAACUGCAACAAGUGCAGCAGCAACAUCAGCGGUGCGCAGCCCACCACAGCGGACUCAUUGCGCUUCGGAUGCGCUCACUACAAGCGGCGGGCCAUGUUCGUGACCCCCUGCUGCAACAAGUUCUACAAGUGCCGCUUUUGCCACGACGAGAACGAGACGCACCACUUCGAUCGCAAAACGCUCACCGAGCUAAUAUGCUCCGAGUGCAAUACGCGGCAAACGGUGCGGGAGCGUUGCGUGAACUGCGGAGUGCGAUUUGGCAAGUACACCUGCCUGAUCUGCAACCUCUUCGACGAUGCGGACAAGCAGCAGUACCACUGUCAUGGAUGUGGGAUUUGUCGCAUUGGGGGCGCCGAGAACUUCUUCCACUGCGAGGUGUGCAACAUGUGCCUGCCAAUCCAGCUGAAGAUCGAUGGCCACCGGUGCGUGGAGAACAUCUCGCGAUCCCACUGUCCCGUGUGCCUGGGUGACAUCCACACCUCGCGCAUACCUUGCCACAUUCCCGACUGCGGCCACCUGCUCCACAGGAUGUGCUUCGACCAGCUGCUGGCCUCCGGCCACUACACCUGUCCCACCUGCCAGACCUCGCUGAUCGACAUGACGGCGCUGUGGGUGUACCUGGACGACCAGGCGGAGCGCAUGCCGGUGCCCCUGAAGUACGAGAAUCAGCGGGUGCACAUAUUCUGCAACGAUUGUCACAAGACUUCAAAAACCAAAUUCCAUUUCAUCGGACUCAAGUGCGUCCAGUGCGGCGCCUACAACACAACGCAGGAUGUGAAGCGCCGCCUGUCCCUGGUCACCGAUGAGCCAUCCUCGGCGUGAUAUUCACCGAUUCAAGCCACAUCAUCCGCAUCCAUAUUCGCAUCAGCAACAGGAAACCUCUUGCCAUGCUACCCACAUCUGAAGACACUGAUUUGUUAGCCGAAGACAACACAACUGAAAUCGAAACGCAUUGAAUUUAGAUCAAAUUCGAGCUGGUAUCGAAUAUAAACCAUAAAAACACAAACAAAAGGCUCCCUAAAUGAUUUGGACGUGCUCCGAAACCACUGUAGAUUUGAAAAUAUUAAUUGGGCUUAAUGGACAUAGUUAGUUUCAAUCGUAAUAGGCGUUCAAAAAACAUUAUACCCUAAUUGUCUUUUUAAAUCUCUGUGGGAUUCCAGCACACCAGUAUUUUAUAUACAACACACAUUGGUAAAUUUCACUCGAAUUUUAAGUAUUCUAAUUUUGCAAAAAUUAUUUUGUGUAAGUCUCGAAUUUUUCUGUACACAUUGAAAACUCCGUUACCACGAAUAAAAAGUAAACUUACAAAAA